AUGGAUGAAAUAGGUGGCGAUCACGUGGAACAGUUCGACAAGCAAUCGGAGCAGAAGGAAUUUGAUCGCUUUUUUGCAAAUCAGUUGAGAAGAGAUGCGCUUCUUCCGCCGCGAAGACAGCGAAGUACAAGUGCCGAAUUGACGGCCAGAAACUCGGGUCUCGCAAGGGAUAUAGUCGGAACGACAAUUGCUCUGGAAUGUCGCAACGACGAUCUUCAAUCAGGGUAA